AAACUAUUUUAGAUGAGAUUAGAAUGGCAAAUCUAGAUCUCCUUAUAAUUGGAGAUGGUUUUAUUCAAUCAGUUGCAAUUGGUUUUGCCACUCCGUUUGUUUUCAUUCCCUUCAAGUGCCGGCCUACCUUAGAAAUAGUAGGUUCCCAAACGUUCCGUGUCUCCGGCAGUGUGGUCGCCGGGGAGACUUUAGGAAUUGAUUCUCCGCCGAUUCUUGCAUAACGAGAUUGAAGAAUGAGCGGGGUUAUUCCGAUUUUGAAGAAGCCUAAAGUCGAGCAAGCUGAAGAGGGAAGCAGAGGCGGAGGAGGAGAUGUAGGCGACGAAGAAACCACGGUUGAGGAGCAAGAAUCGGCAUUGGUAGCUCUGAUCGAACACCGUACCCACGAAGUUGAACAUCUGCGGAAGCGUAUAUACUACUAUACCUCUCAGCUUGGAGAAGCAGAACAGAAAUUGGAAAAGACAAAAACACAAUUGGCUCGUCUUAGGAGAGAUGCCAGACCCCACAAAACUUCUCUUGAGAAUGAGGGUAAAAAUGUGAAGCCGGAGAACAGCUCAACUAGCUCCGUUCUUGUUAAUGGGAGUUCUUCAAGGAAUCAAACUCAGUCUAGAACUGAACUUGUUAUUCCUGCUGCGAAUCCAAAGGUUUCACAGCCUUUAAAAUCAGGAGGUUCUGGCAUGAGGGAUUCCAUUCGUUCCAGUGCUCAGACAAGCUCUUCUACCCAGUCUGAUAUUGUUAGGAAAGUUAAUGCAGAGAAGCCGGGCCGAAUUCAUUCUGACUUUGACGUGGUUGAAAAUCAGGAUAAAGGAAGGAAGAGGAAACUGGGUAUGACUCUGAUUAGUGGAGAAGUUUGUGUAAUUUAUCUUCUACUAUUUUACCUGCAUUGGGGACUUACUGCAUAAUCUAAUGUCACCAGAACAGAGAGACCACAAGGAAUUAAUUCCAAUGGUAUGCAGAAGCUCUUCACCACAUUCCAUUUAUUGCCAUGCCAACAAUCACAUCUCUAGUCAGCACAAGAGAAAGUUAAGAAGUCUUGCACUGUGUCCAGUGAAUGAUCAACUGUUCGUUACCAGUGCUUUGGAUGGAUUAGUCAAUUUAUGGCAACUGCAGGGUAAUGGGUCAAGUGCCUCUCUUCUAAGCUCAACUGAGUGCAUUUCUCCAAAAAAUAGGCGGUGGGCUGAAGAUAUAGCUUGGCACCCAUUGGGUGACAGCUUGGUCGCGACUUACACUGCUGAUAAAGGGGACUCUCAGAUAGCAAUCAUUCAUUUGAAUAAGACACAUGGGAAAAGCCGAGUAACUUUUCUACAGGACAAGCCUCAUAUCAAGGGUAUUGUUAAUGGGAUAACGUUUGUGCCUUGGGGAGAUCCGUGUUUUGUCACUGGUGGCAGUGAUCAUGCUGUUGUAAUCUGGAAUGAGGAUGCUGAAAACUCAUGGAAGCCAAAGAAACUGCAUAGGGAUUUGCAUUCUUCUGCUGUCAUGGGAAUUGCUGGCAUGCAACAAAAGCAGAUUGUGCUCUCUGCUGGUGCCGACAAGAGAAUCAUUGGUUUUGAUGUCCAGGCAGGGAGAGUGGAGUUCAGGAAUCAAGUGGAUAGCAAAUGCAUGAGCGUUUUGCCUAAUCCAUGCGACUUCAAUCUCUACAUGGUUCAAACAGGGACUCCUGAGAAGCAGCUUAGACUGUUUGAUGUCCGAUUAAGACAGACUGAAAUCCACACGUUCGGGUUUAAGCAAGAAAGCAGUGAUUCACAAUCAGCGCUGAUCAAUCAAGGCUGGUCCUCUGACGGUUGGUACUUGUCGUCCGGCUCAGUGGAUCCUGUGAUCCACAUCUUUGAUAUCAGGUACAACGGUCACCGGCCAUCACAAUCCAUAAGAGCUCAUCAGAAACGUGUCUUCAAAGCUGAGUUUCACUACUCUCGGCCUCUCAUGAUCUCCAUAUCUUCUGAUCUCCAAAUUGGUCUGCACAAGAUAUAGUCAAGUUUCUGGGUUUGCAAGGGAAAAGCUGUCAAGGAGAUGUGUGGCAGAAGACAGGGAUGCUUGGUGGCUUCCCGCAGGAGAAAUUGUUGGGUCGUAUUUGAGGAUCCGUUACAGCGUGUGUUGAGGCAGGCCGAUAAGGAUCUGGCUAGGAUUUAGGUAAACCUCUCUCACUCUAUCAGGGAAUUGAAUAUGGUGGCUGAUAACUUGUUAUGAUUCCGACCUCCAGAAGAGGUGCGCCACUUAUCUGAAAGGUGAUCAAGUUGGCGUAGCAAGCGAAUCACCACUAUCAUACUACUUACCUUUCGAUUUAUUAGCUAUUUAUGUACACAUCGAAGCACACGCAAGGCACUAGUAUCUGUCUUUCUUUGGUUUUAUUUUGAUAAGCUUCCCCUUCUGUAUGUUGUAUUUUGGUUUUAUAGAACUUCUCCUUUUGUUUUAGACCGACUCGACUGAGGUAAAUGGAAAAGGUAUAGACUAUAGAGUACAAAGGAAGAAACAAGAGUUUUGACUAACUCGAACAGUUGCUCAUACAUCCAUGUAUCAACAUAGCUCGGCAAAGCCCUGAUUGUCUGGUGAAGGGGUUACUACUUGUAUUCUCACUCCUCUGUGUGGAUAGUGGUAUCAAAUGGUAAUCCACAGAGGCCAGGGUUCAACUCUGACAGGAGACGGAGAAACUUUUCCUGCUUGAUUUUGAUGUUAUGCUUCUCUAUGGUGUUUAUGACUUAUGAGGCGACCUCGUGUGGAAGUCUUGAAUUUGGAGUCUGCUGCUUUUGGUGGGAUUUUUCCUGCACAGGUUAAAUCCCGAACCUCCUUUUCUGGUAAUCAAUGCUAACUUUUUUCUCUGAAGUCUUAUGCUUGAGGGUAUCAGUCAUUCAAAUGCAUUUCUUCUUCUGUAAUGCUCACUUAUUACUUAUUAGAUAACUAUGUUGAGCCAUCCUAGUUCGCUGAGUGGAAAUAGCUUGUUGUGUUACAGG